UCCGUUUUUUAGUCUUCUCACUUUUUUUCAUCCAUUUCUGACUCCAUCUUCGGAGCUCAGGCUCUCACAAUUGAGAGUGAGAGAGAGAGAGAGAGAGAGAGAGAGAGAGAGAGAGAGAGAGGGAGAUUGGGGAUUUCUGAGCUAAAAAAUUCUUCAGUUCUUCUUACAGAAUGUUGAGGGAUUUCAAGUUUCUUCGACGAAAUUCGGGCCAGAACGAAGAAAUCGAGAAUGUCCCAGUGAAUCUCCGAGAGUCGAUGUUGUCUCAAAUGAGCAACGAUUCCUCUUCAUCUAUUCCAUUGCCGAGAGCUCCACUGAAUUCAAUCCAAGACCCACUGAUGAACCCGAAACCCGAAAAGGAAUCUCGGAGUAAGAUCGAACGAACACCUACGAAGCCCAGAGCCAAAAACCCUGAUCCUGCAUUGCCUCUAAAAACGCCAGAUCGGCAAAAGUCAGCCAAUUUCUCGAGAAGCCAAUUCAGGUGGGGAGAGAAAGGUGAUUCUAGCUCAAACACUAAUGUGGGUUCGUUGAACAUGACUCCUAAAACCACUAGAGUCGUCGGGAGAGCAAAUUCGGGCUAUUCUGAGACGAAUUCCACACAGAGCACGCCCACAAAGAGCAUCUCAAAGCCACCAGCUUCAGGUUACAGGGGAAGGGUUGAUGGUUCAGGUCCAGUUCGGGUUGGGGGCAAUGCCUCAUCAUACAGAGGGAUGUCUGGUUCUUCUGGACAUGUCUCAACGGUCAUUAACAGUGUCGAAGUUCCUCACUUUGAUCUCAAGGAGGAUCCAUCAUUUUGGAUGGACCACAAUGUACAGAUUCUUAUACGUGUCCGUCCGCUGAAUACAAUGGAGAAGAGUACAAAUGGAUACAACAGGUGCUUAAAACAGGAAAGUUCUCAGAUCAUAACAUGGGUUGGACAACCAGAAACACGAUUCAUGUUUGAUCAUGUGGCUUGUGAAACAAUUGACCAGGAAACACUUUUCCGGGUUGCUGGUUUGCCGAUGGUGGAAAAUUGCUUGUCUGGCUACAACAGCUGCAUUUUCGCUUACGGCCAGACAGGAAGUGGGAAAACCUAUACAAUGCUUGGUGAAGUCGAUGAAUUAGAAGUGAAACCAAGUCCCCACAGAGGAAUGAUGCCUCGGAUAUUCGAAUUUUUAUUUGCAAGAAUACAAGCUGAGGAAGAAAGCAGAAGAGAUGAGAGACUAAAGUAUAAUUGCAAAUGCUCUUUCCUUGAAAUUUACAAUGAACAAAUUACAGACCUUCUUGACCCAUGUUCAACAAAUUUACAGCUCCGGGAGGACAUUAAGGAAGGUGUAUAUGUGGAAAAUCUCACUGAGUAUGAAGUUCAGAGUGUUCAAGGCAUCUUAAAGCUUAUAUCUCAGGGUUCUUUAAAUAGAAGGGUUGGAGCCACAAAUAUGAACAGAGAGAGCAGCCGGUCGCAUAGUGUCUUUACAUGUGUGAUAGAGAGUAGGUGGGAAAAUGACUCGACAACAAACUUGCGUUUUGCCAGGCUGAACCUGGUUGAUCUUGCCGGAUCAGAGAGGCAGAAAACUUCUGGUGCUGAGGGUGAACGUCUGAAAGAAGCAGCUAACAUCAAUAAAUCCUUGUCCACAUUAGGACAUGUAAUCAUGGUUCUCGCGGAUGUUGCUAAUGGGAAACCAAGGCAUAUUCCAUAUCGUGAUUCGAGGCUUACGUUUCUUCUUCAGGACUCAUUGGGUGGGAAUUCUAAAACAAUGAUCAUUGCGAAUGCCAGCCCUUCGAUCAACUGUGCAGCUGAGACGCUAAACACACUCAAAUUUGCUCAAAGAGCCAAGCUAAUCAAGAACAAUGCCGUGGUAAAUGAGGAUUCCACUUGGGAUGUCAUGGCACUGCAACACGAAAUCCGACUUCUAAAGGAAGAACUGUCCCUUCUCAGGCAUCAGAAUGUCUCCAGGGCAUUGUCGUUUGGAUCAGCAAGAAGCAAUGUUGUAGAAGUUCAAACCUGUCUUCUGUCAUGUGGUAUGAAUGAGACAGGGAAUCAACAGACUGAUGAUUUGAAUGUCUAUGAAUCAGGAGGUUCUCUAAGGAUGUCCAGAAAGCAGUUCAAGUCUUUGGAAAAAACACUUGCUGGUGCACUGAGAAGAGAACACGUGGCAGAUGCUUCAAUCAAGAAGCUUGAAGCUGAGAUUGAACAACUGAACCGUUUGGCUCGUCAAAGAGAGGAAGAUACUAGGAGCACAAAAAUGAUGUUGAGGUUUCGGGAAGACAAGAUACGGAAGCUGGAAUCACUUCUUGGCAAUCAUAUAUCUGCAGAUUCCUUCCUGCAGGAAGAGAAUAAAGUGUUGUCCGAAGAAAUUCAGCUUCUUCAAGCCAAACUUGAUAAAAACCCUGAAGUGACUCGCUUUGCAUCAGAAAAUAUAAGGCUUCUGGAACAACUUAGAAGAUUUCAAGAAUUCUACGAGGAAGGCGAGAGAGAAAUUCUAUUGGAUGAAGUCUCAAAUCUCCGAGAUCAGCUCCUACAAUUUCUCGAUGGAAACUCUGUCUGGCACGAACAACCUGAUUUUCAAAAGCAGUCACAGGACGCUUCAUGUAUCAGCAAAGAAGAUAGUUCUUUGAAUGAUGAGUUGAAAAAUGCCCUUUCUGAACUUGAGGAGUGCAGGAGUCAUCUUGGCUCCUGCCUGGAAGAGAAUGCAAAACUAAGCAGAGAAAUCCGAGAUCUACAAGCCAUGAUCAGCAAUAUCAAGGCUUGUACACCUGAUGAAGAUGAAAAAUUGAAAACAACAAAGGCCUUGUUUGAAACUCAAAAUGCUGAGAUACAAGAAUCACUUGCUGGUCAUCAGAUCAGUCACGAAGAAGAAAUCAUCAAACUGCAGCUUGAUUUUGAUAUUCUCAAAAUUAUACUUGAUGAGGAAAGAAUGAAGCGUGUAGAAGCCGAGAAACAAGCAAUGAUUUUCAAACAAGAUCUGCUGGAGUUGAAGGGCCAGCUUCUUAUGAUGAGCAAGCAGCAGGAUAAUGCAAACUGUGAUCUGCAGGAGGCAAAGUCUGUCAUUGAAGCUCUCGAGUCACAAAAUGUUUUAUCUAUCCAAGAAAUAGAAGACCUGGGGAAAAAUACUGACCAUUAUCUUGAGCUAAUCAAGAAACAAGGGUUUGAGAUCACAGAGAUGAAGGCCAAACAGUGCAAUGAGUUGAAAGAUAAUCCUCCGGAAAACUACACAAUGGAUACAAAGUUCAAGAAGAUGCAAGAAUCUCUAGAGAAAGCCCGGAGAUUAAACGCAUUGUACAAGAGUGAUAUUCGUUCAAAGACUUCCAGUGACAAAGACAUGGAUGAAGUUCACAGGCAGGCUGAAGCUGCCACAGCUGAAGUGAUCAUCUGUUUGCAGAAUGAGCUUGAAGUUCUUCAGAAGGAAGUUGAGGAAUUCCAAUCAAAAGAGACAGCUAGUCAAAAGCAGGUAAUGCUUUUGGAAACUCAGGUGGUGGAGCUGCAAGAUAAAUUACGAGAUAUGACUGAGGAUAAUGACCUGUUGGAAGAAAAUUUACAAGAAAAAGAUACAGAACUACAAAUCUUAUCUCAUGAAGUAGAAAUUCUUACAUCUGAGCUGGAAGAAAUUUUGCUGAAUGGGAAUGAAGCCCUUGCUGAUGCAUGUAGUCAGGUUGAUCUAAUCUCAAGCUCCUUCCCAGAGAAAAGGGUAUGGAUAUCUGAACAGGUUGGGGGACUAGCACGAGUGGUUUGUGAAAAGGAAUUAAUGAUUGAAGAUCUUCAAAGUUGUUUGGAGGAUGCUAAUAACAAAAGAUAUGAUGUGGAGUCUAUGUUGAAGUCACUAAGAGGGGCAGCACUUGUAAUCAAUGAAGCACAUCAGAGAGAGUGCGAGGAAAAGGAGAGGCAGAUUCUCCUUCUGAAAUCACAGUUGAACACUAAAACAGAAAGUGUAUCAAGGCUUCAGGAGAACCUGAAGAUGGCUGAAAGUAAGAUUUAUGAAGCAUCACAUUGUGCAACAGCUGCUCUAGUUGUUGUCAGUCGAUAUUCGCACGUAGCUGAUGCUCAGACCUGUGAGCUGAACCAAAAGGAUUCUCAGCUUAAGAAAUCUGCUGGAGAAAUCCUCUCCCUGAGGAAACAAGUAGAAGAUUUGGAAGUAACCUGUAAUGAAUUUAAAAGGAAUCUCCUAGAGGCAGAGAAGCAUGCAUAUGCAAUGGAACAAAAUCUCGAAAACAUCAAAGAGAGUGAAAUUUUGAGGAUGAAUGAAAAACUUUCCGAGCUUAAAGGUGGCAUAUCAGGGGUCAGAUCAUGCAUGAGCAUGUCUCAUGAGCCUGACAAAUAUGGUAAGGAAAAAGAUUCAUUAGCAUCUCCAGCUCACAGCGAUGCAGAACAGGAAACGAGAAAGGAUGUAUGUGUCUCUUCUUGUACAGAGAAGAAGACCCCACACAACAAGCAAAUGCAGUCGGCGAAAGUUAGCAACAAGGCGGCUAGCGGGAGAGACGAAACGAUUCUACUACUAAAAGGAGAAUUGGAGUCUGCUUUUGGAAGUUUACAGGAGUUUCAAUUUAAGAUGGUCAAACUUCAGAGUGAAAAGGAAGAGCUAAGGUUGUCCGAGCAAAGAAGCAUUAGUAGCUUAAAAGAUGUAACAGCUCAGAUUCUUAACCUAGAAAGUGCCAUGAAUAACAUGGAAGAGCAAUACAAGAGCAAGAUGGAAGUCACAGACCACAAAGUCAAGGCUUUGGAGCAUGAAUUUGCUGAGAUGAAGAUACUAGCUGACCAGGAAGAUGCAGAAAACUUGUGUAUUCUUACCAAAUUCGAAGAGGCUCAAUUUGUCAUCAAAGAAGCCGAUACUAUGAUCAAUGAACUGGUAAUAGCAAACGAGGAGAUGAAGCUUGAUCUGGAAAGACACAAGAAAAAGGAAAUCACCUUGGUCAGUGAGAGAGACGUCUUAGUUGACAAGCUACAUGGGUUGGAAUCUAAAAAUGUACAAGAAAAGGAGAAAUUUGAGAAGCUAGAGAAGCAACUCGAGUUAAGUUUCAUGGAGACAAACAUUCUCAUGGAUGAGCUUGAAGCUAUCAUCAGAAAACUACAAGAUGACUCUUCCAAGGCCUUACUAGGUAUAGGCUGUGAAUUCUCCGACAUAAAAUCUUGGAUUUCAGAAACAAGGUCGGCUAGAUUGUUCCUUGAGGAUAUCUGGUCAGAAAUAAUAAUGAAAGAUUGUGCAUUUUCUGUUCUACAUCUUUGCCACACAGGAAUUCUGUUAGAAACAGUUGUCGGGAUGAAUACGGAAAAUGGUCUGCUUCACCAUGGCCUGAGUGAAUCAAACUCAGCCAUAGCUGAACUGAGAGAGAACAAUCUAAAGUUAAGAAGGGAGCUGGAGAUGUGUAGAACUCUCAGGAGAAAACUACUGGCUGACAUAAAGAAAGGUUUUGAGAGAAUUUCAAGAAAAGAAGAAGAAACUAAUCAGCUCGGUUCAAGAUUAAGCACUUUUGAGCUGAAUAUUUCAGGUUUACAGCAACAGGAGGAGCUGAUGUUGCAAAGGUCUAAUAGCAUUGGCUCUGAACUAGCUGAUUUGAUGAAGGAGUUGGAUUUCAGCAAUAGGAACCUAGCAUCAACUCUCUUUGAUCAAGAAUUGCGUCUAAAAGACCAAGAUCAUUUCUUUGACACAGAGAUGCAGUUUUAUCUGAUGGAGUUUUGCUCAAAGGAUGUUGCGUCACUUGUUCUAGCACUAACGCUAGAAGAGAGUUUUUCCAGCAUAGCGGUUGCUGGAAGAGAGCUUCUUCGUCACCAUGCUGCCAUUGAGAAUCAUAAGGAGGAGCUCUUUGUUUCCCAUGUAGAGAACCAGCUAAAAGAACUUUGUCUGGUUGAUAAUGAAUUUGAGACAGGUUUACUGAAACAAAAGCUGGGGGAAGCACUGGGCAAGGUUGAAGGUCUAUCACUGGAUUUGAAUCACAGUGAACAAAAGAUUAUUGACUUGAAAGAAGCAAACGAGGCAUACAAAGAAAGGGUUAUCCUUUUUGAGUCUUGUAUUGCCAACCUACAGAAUGAUUUACAGAUGAAAUCUUCUGAACUCAACAGUCUUGAGCAUUUGCAGAUUGCCACUAAGGAAGAACUGGAAGUCAAAGUAAGGGAAGAAAAGUUUAAAGACCUAAGUACCACGAGGUUGUGCAUUGCCAAAUGUGAAGAUCUAGCUGAAUCCUUAAAUAUUAGAGCUAGUGGGGUGGUUGUCAAAUUAAGUGGAGAUGGUCUGGUUAUUUUUGACAAAAUGUUUCAACUGAUCUGCGAAAGUGCCGAUAAGACUAGCAAACUUGUUGCUGAGGUUGAAUCAUUGCAACUUGACAUUCAGGAGAUAUUAUCUGAUAAUAUGAGCCUCCAUGAUGAGCUACUCAGGAAAGAUGAGGUUAUAAAGGGAUUAUCUUUCGACCUCAGCCUUCUACAGGAAUCGGCUUCCAAUUCCAGGGACCAGAAAGAUGAAAUUGAGGAAAUACUGGCUCAUGUUGAAGCUUUAGAAGAGAAGCUCGCUUCCAAGUCAUGUGAACUUGAUGAGGCUAUUUCUCGUACCCAGAUGCUUGAAGGUCAAUUGCUAGAGAACAGAGAAGUAAUUUGUGAUCUUGAAGCAGAUAUUGCAAAGGAAAGAGAAUACCAGGAAACACUCUCAAGGGAGAAUGAGGGGUUUAGAGAUAAAGCUGGAGAGGCAUUCAGGUUAAAAUGUUCACUGGAAGAAGAGUUGAUUGAGACAAAGAAGGUGUCAGAGAGCUUGGAGAUAGAACUUGUUGAACUAAGCGAUGCUCUCAGACAAAUGAAUGGCACGGUUGAGAUGAUGCACAUCAAAUUGGAUGAGGCCACUGAUGAAAAAGAUAACCUCAGAGAAGAGGUCCUUUAUUUGAAAGAGGAAUUCGGGAAACUGAAAGCGGAGGCUAAAGAAACCGAGAUGAGAUACAUUGAAGCCCAAGAGAUAGCAGAAGCAAGAAAGAUAUAUGCCGACGAGAGAGAACAAGAAGUGAAACUAUUAGAAGAGUCAGUUGAGAAACUCGAGUAUACGGUGAAUCUACUGGAAAACAAGGUUGACGUCAUCAAAGGCGAAGCUGAAAGACAACGUCUGCAAAGGGAGGAGCUAGAGUCGGAAUUUCAAACCAUAAAUCAGCAGAUGAGAAAUGCUAUGAAUACUAAUGCUGAAAUGAGAAGGCUUUUAGACAAAAAACAAAAGGAUCUUGAAGAAGCUUUGAAUCUUAUAAAAAUGCUUGAGAGAGACAUGGCUGACCAAACAACCGAGAUUGCUCAGCUGAAAGUCCACAUCUCAGAACUUACAUUGCAUGCAGAAGCUCAGGCUGUAGAAUACAAAAAGAAGUUUAAGGAAUUGGAGGCAAUGUCUGAGCAAGCAAAGCCAGAAAGCCAUGUUUCUCAUUCCACGAGUUGUUCAUCAAGUAAAACUUCAGCAAAACCUAGGGGUUCGGGCUCCCCUUUUAGGUGCAUUGGGUUAGGGAUGGCACAACAGAUGAAAUCUGAGAAGGAUGAGGAGAUUGCUGCUGCAAGGCUAAGAAUUGAGGAGUUGGAAUCUGAAGUUGCAACCAGACAGAAAGAGAUAUUCUCCUUGAAUGCAAGAUUUGCCACGGUGGAGAGCAUGACCCAUGAUGUUAUUCGAGAUUUAUUAGGAGUCAAACUCAAUGUGACAAAUUGUGCAUCGCUCUUGGAUAAUCACCAAGUGCUGAAGAUUGCAGAGAAGGUCCAACUUGAUAAUUCGGAUUCACAACAAAAGGACAAUGAGGUCUCUAAGCUAAAGAAGCAACUCAAUGAAUAUAUCGAGGAAAGGCAAGGAUGGAUAGAGGAAAUCGAGAGAAAACAGGCAGAGUUAGUAGCUGCAGAGAUAGAGCUCGAGAAACAUCGCCAACAUGAACAGCUGUUCAAGAAAGAAAACGAACUUUUGAAGACGGAGAAUGUUAGUCACAAGAGAAAGGUAUUGGAGCUUGAAGGAGAAGUUAAGAAGCUUUCUGCCCAACAAAAUCUGCAGAGAAAGGCUCAUGAUCAUGCCAAAAUCAAGGAAGAGAACAACAUGCUAAAACUUCAGAACGAUGAACUCAAUCUGAAGUUAAGACGGGCAGGGGUAAUUCUUUCACGUGUCAAAGAAGAGCUUGCUUACUACCGUGCGUCUUCUGGGAAGAAUCCAUGUCCAAACUUAGAAGAAGACCAAAGGCUAAGUAACAGACUGAAGGAAGCCGUGGAGGACAGAAUGCAACUAGCUCGGAAGCUAGUAGGCCUUUGCACCAGUGUCCUAAAGGCAGCCGGCAUUAAAGAACAUGUUUCAGACAUAAACCCUGAAGUUGCUGAAGAGGCACUUGCUCAGCUCAAGACAAAACUCACUUCACUCGAGAGCGAGUUACAAGAAUUGAGAUUAAAGGGCAAAACAAAGAGCAGAAGAACCCGGAUUUCAGAGACGAUGCCUCAAGUGACUUCACCUCGAAGUUCAUGGACGGAUGAGAAUCACCACAUUCCUUAUCUCUCAUCUUUGGAUAGGUAAAUAUCGUCUUUAAUUUUUUUUUAAAAAAAAAAAAAUCGUGUAAAUUAACGCAUAUUCAGUGUAAAUUCUUCAUUGUUGAUAUCACACAAUUCAAUAUCCAUAGACAAAAGAUUGAAAUUUUCGAGUUUGGGUUUCUUAUCUCAUUUUGUUUAGUGCAUGAAUUCACUAUAAAAUCUGCUGGAGUACUUGAAAAAUUAUUUUUAA